AUGGAGGACUCAAAGAUCCCUCCUAACCCUUCAGGACUACCAAAAUCCCUCCUCAGGAAGACGGCCAUCACCCUCAGGAGGAGGUCAGCACAGACACAGAUGUGGGAGCCCCCUGUGGAGUCGCAGGGCCAGCAGCUCCUGCCAGAGCUGCCUCUAAAAGAGUCCUCGCCCAAGGACUCUGGCCUCAAGGCAGUUCCCAGCACACGUACUCUUUAUGUGGGCCACCUGAAUCCCCAGUUCUCUGUGCCCGUGCUUGCCUGCCUGCUACGAGACACCCUAGAGCGGCUGGAGCUGCCAGUGUCCCGUGAGAACAUUGAGGUAGUGAGGCGGCCACGAAACACUUACGCACGGGUACAGGUGGCUGCCCCCAAGGCUGCCCUGGCCUCCCUCCCCUGGCGCCUGCAGAUGGCCUUGGAGGAGCAGCUAAUCCUCAAAGAGCUCACAGCCCGCGGCAAGGAGCUGGUGCUGGGUGAGGGACUGGAGUCCCUAAACCGCAGAGAGCAGGAGGACAGCGGCUCAAGCCCCAGCCCCAGCCCUGGACCCAGUCCAGGCUUCAGGCGCCCACAGCUGUGCCAACUGCCAGACCCUUCCCCUAACUGGUGCUGGGCUGGGCGACGGCAGAUCCCUCAGAACCGACCCAGUGGUGUGCGCUCUGACAGUGCCAUUGUGGACCAGGAGAUCUUGGGCCAGGAGCAGCUAUUCCAGGGUGCCUUCCUUGGCAGCGAGACACGGAAUGUGGAGUUUAAGCGAGGCAGCGGUGAGUACCUGAGCCUGGCUUUCAAGCACCACGUACGGCGCUACGUGUGUGCCUUUCUCAACAGUGAGGGUGGCAGCCUGCUGGUAGGUGUGGAGGACAGUGGCCUGGUACAGGGCAUCCACUGCAGCCACCGUGAUGAGGACCGUACACGCCAGCUGGUAGACUCCAUCCUGCAGGGCUUCAAACCCCAGGUCUUCCCUGACGCCUACUCUCUCACCUUCAUCCCCGUCAUAAGCACUUGCACGGCCAACACGCCUCUCAAGGUACUCCGUCUGACCGUGCACACCCCCAAGGCCCAGGGUGAGCCACAGCUGUAUGAGACAGACCAGGGGGAGGUAUUUCUACGGCGUGAUGGAAGCAUCCAGGGCCCACUGUCUGUUGGCGCCAUCCAGGACUGGUGCAGGCAGAAGUGGACAACGGAGCUGGGCAAGCUGGAGGAGAAGGUGAAGACCCUGACGAUGGAAAAGGAGCAGCUGAGGCAGCAGCUGAGGCAGCGCCGGUCCCUGUCCUGCAGCUGCUGUGUCCUGUGAGGAUGAGGAAGAUGUAGGCUAAGGCCUGGAAUAAAACACACAUGAGCUGCCUUCCCUCUCCCUCAGCGCUGCACAUGCAGGAGCCAUGUGGCUUCACCUCAGAGCAGGCUGACAGUCAGCUCCUGGCACACCCCCAAGCAACCCUGCUUUCAGAAAACUUGGCUAGUCACUCCAGAACUCAGCUAAGAGACUGUAACUCUAAUCCCAACUAAAUGCACCUUUUGCCUAAGCCAAUUCUAGUGGGCUGGGAAUAUCAACUUGGAAAGGCCGUUUGCAGCUAGCAAGACCUAUGUGGUAACUAGUUACAGGGCUUGGGCCACCCUGCAGCUCUCCCCCUAACUUGUCAUUGUGCCUUAUACACUGCAUGCACAGCAAUGCUUAGUUACUUCUACAUUGGUCAGCCAGCCAGAGGCGGCUACGUCACAAGUCUCAUGCCCACAAAGAUACCACCGCACUGCAGCCACUCAGCACCCACUGCGGCUCUGCCCUAAGACUCAGCACUUGGGGCAACAGUGCCUACCUCUGCCUCAGCCCUGUCACCUGCGAGAUGGUGACAGUGGGCAAGGGGCAUUUGGUCACACUCAUGUAGUAUCUGGUAUCUGCUGGCCAUGGCAGACCAGCCAUUCACAGGAGUCUAGCCAGUUAUUGCCUCUCCACUAACUGGCACUAAGGCUAGAGCUGGAUCCUGCCCCACCUGCCCUGUCCACACCCAUUUCACCACAAGAACCUGCUAGCUGCUCCUGCUGCCCCUUACAGCAGCCAUGCAUGCUACAGCAACCAUCCCACUCCACAUCUACACUGGGUGCUCCCCUGCCUAGAACCCUCUUCUCUCCGAGCUGCAGGACUUAGCUCCCCCUCCAGGCUUGCCUGGGACUUGUGGCACCCCUCCUUCAACAUUCCCCACUCCUGCCACUGCCGAGGUGCUGGGAACUCUGACAGGAGCAACUGUCCAGUACAGCUUCCUUUGUUCCCUCUCCAUGGCCAUGUCAUAGUUUCUCCACCAGUGCACAUGCUGCAGGUCCGGGAUAUGGUACUUCCCCAAUGAGACAAUCAAGGAUACUCUUCAAUUUGGGCUCUAGGCUAGCAGAUAACCAUGGUGUACUGACAGAUAGCCCUUGUCCCCUAGGUCUGCACACUAAGCACACAGAAGAAGCCUGCCAGGUUCCCUCCUGCUAAGAAGCCUCUGAGCACUGGUCGUCAUUGGAUGCAGUGGGCUCCCUUCCAGCACCAUCCAUGGCAAACUCUGGGCUAUGUGGGGAUUCCUUUUGCUGACAGGUCAUACAGGUAGCUGGCAUGUGGCAGCUGGUGAAUAAUGAGGCCAUCUUCAUCAGGAAAGAAACACUAGGGAUGGCUCUUCCAAACCACCCCAUACCCAGCCAGGCCUCACUGUUGUGGCAGCAGCUUGGGGAAUAAUGAGACCACUGGGUGGGAAGGGAGGUUAGAAGUAGAAUCAGCCACAGCCAGACAGGAUCUAUACAGAAGUGACCAUGUGAGCUCACUGAGAAAUGAGGGAAAGACAGGAAUCUGAGGUGGGAGCUGGGCUAACUGGUGGGACACAUAUUCCUCCCCAAGGCUCCAUGUCUCAACUUGUAGCAAGUGAAGGAUGUUACCACCUAUACACUGCCAGGCCUGCAGCCUGAGUGAAUGCUAAUGUCACCAUCACCCCACAACUGACUUUGGAAAGUUCCCUGUCCCUGUGACCUUGAACUUCUGAGCCUCAAUUCUAGAAGUCAAGAAUGAGUGCAGAGUGGGAGAGAAAGCAGACCAGCUGGUUAAGACAGCCCAUGGUCAGCUGUCUGGCGCCAUGUGUGAAGUGCCCUGUCUGCAGGGGGCAAAGGACCCUGUCCAGGCAUCCCAUGGUUGUUCUUUUCCCCUGCCAAGUAGCACACAGCGUAAUUGGCUU